UCCUUUUCAAGAUACAAGUCAAGAGCUAGCUUGAUACCAGUACAUUGCAUGCACAUGCAACGUAGUAUAAGUAGCGAGAGUUUGGUGACGUAAGCAGGCAUGUUUCAACACUCUUGGUAAACAUGGCGUUGCGCUUGGAGAGCCUCGGAUAUAAUUGUUGGAGUUGAUUACCGUUUUUGAAGUUAUGAUCAUUCGUUACCCGUUGGAAUAUAGUGAUAUUUAGUAGAUGACUUCUAGUAAAGUGUAUGAAAGCAGUGGAUUGCAUCGGGUAGCCGAUAGAGAACGUGGAACUUCGUUGUCAAAGUUGAGCAAAGUUGUUCCGAAAGCGAUGGGGUCGAGCAGAAGUUCGGGGCCCCGUAAGUUGGCCAACGUGCUGGCGAGUUUGGUGAUCGGGUUCGCCUUGGCUACCUGGCUCCGGAUGGUGUGGGUCCCGGCGGGAAAUUCGUGCAACUCACCAAACUUUCAAAGAAACGAUCCAUUUCUAUCGACACCUGAACCGAAUCACCCUUCGAAAAACCUGUUAAUGGUCGGCGUUAUGACGGCUGCCAUUUUCUUAGAGACUCGAGCUGUGGCUGUGAACAGGACUUGGGCGCAGACGAUUCCAGGGCAAGUUGCUUUUUUCUCGAGUGGGGCAUCCAAUGUCCCGCCAGAAUGGAAUCUUCCUGUCAUAAGUUUACCUGGUGUAACAGAUGCUUACCCACCUCAGAAAAAAUCUUUCAUGAUGUUGAAAUACAUGCAUGACAAUUUUAUAGACAAAUACGAGUGGUUUAUGCGAGCAGACGAUGAUGUGUACCUUCGAGGUGAUCGCAUGGAAACUUUCUUGCGAUCGUUGAACAGCAGUCACACUUAUUUCAUAGGGCAAGCUGGGCGAGGGAAAGUGGAGGAGUUGGGGCUAUUGCAUUUGGAAUCUGAUGAUAAUUUCUGCAUGGGAGGAACUGGGAUGGUUUUCAGUCGUGCCACCCUCCGGAAAAUGAUACCUCAUGUCAGCUACUGUCUAAAGAAUUUGUGGAGCACUCACGAAGAUGUCGAAGUCGGACGAUGUAUCAAGAAGUUUGCUGGCAUUGAUUGUACUUGGUCCUAUGAGGUAAGAUAGAAAUUGAUGACAAUGAUGAUGAUUGAUGAUGAUGACAAAGAUGAUUAGGAUGAUGAUCGGAGGAAGAAGAAGUGUGAUGAUGAUGAUGAUAUUACAUUUUUAAAAUUUUUUAUUGUAAGCUUUCUUUUAAUUAAUUUCAGAAAAGUGUUCAUUGAAAAAUAUUUUUGGUUAAAAUGAUAUACCGGUAAACAUAAAUUUAGUAUUAGCAAAAUUGCACUGCCUCUUGAUGUUUGAAUAAUGAAUACCGGUAGACUAUUGAUUUGGAAAACUAGCGAACUGUUGGAGCAGAAGAGUUUGAUAAUCAAAGGGCAAUCCAACCCCUGUAAUUACUGAAAACAGAAAAAUAUGAGAAA